AUGUCAUUAUCAUACAUUGGUCAGCAAUUAACGAUUUAUAUCGGUGUUAUUCUUUUUCUCUCAGGUAUUGUCGGUAAUACCAUGAAUAUUUUCAUAUUUUCAAGUGUCCGCACCUAUCGUACAGCUCCUUGUACAUUCUAUUUUCUUGUUGCUGCAAUACACCAGACUCUUUACGUACUAAUUAUUCUUAUUAGUCGUAUUGUUACUGGAAUGUCUGGAAUUGAUUUAACUCGUAUUUCAAUAGCUUGGUGUAAGGCAAGGUAUUUUUUCAUUAGUACUCUUUCUCCAAUUUCUUAUACAUGUUCAUGUUUGGCUACAAUCGAUCAAUUUCUAGCUACGUCACAAAAUGCUUACCUUCGUCGUGCUAGCAAAAUAGAAUGGACCCAUCGCACUGUGUGUGUUGUUAUUAUUGUUUGGUGUCUUCAAGGAAUUCCUUGGCUUUUCUUUUACAAUAUUUCCCCUAUUAAUAGUACGUGUGUGACCACCAAUGCAGCAUUUUCCAUCUAUAUAUCAACAUAUCUUCUUGGUUUUCUCUGUGCUAUUCCAACUCUAAUCUUGGUUGUAUUUGGAUGGUUGACUUAUCGAAAUAUUCGUCAAACAAUUGUUCUUGCUGAACAACAUGCUGAUCGUCAAUUGACAAAAAUGAUUUUGAUCCAAGUAAUACUAGUUCUUAUUAGUAUCAUUCCUUAUGGCAUUAACAAUCUUUACGGUUUUGUCACAAGUGGAGUCAGUAAAGAUGCUAAUCGAGUAGUGGUAGAAUCUUUUAUCUCUACAAUCGUCAAUCUUAUAUCUUAUUUGUAUCAUGUCGGAAACUUCUAUACGUUCUUAAUGUCAUCAAGUCGCUUUCGUCGAACAAUAAAAGAUCGAAUAUUAUAUUGGCACCGACAAAAUCAAAUUAUUCCAAUGCAACCAACCACCAUGUAA